AUGAGUGCUAGGGAGGGGUUAGAUUAUAACAUUAUUGUCGACUUGGGUUCGGGUAACGGAGGAAUCACUAAACUGUUGGCCACUCGCGUCCAACACAAGCGGGUCAUUGCCAUCGACGCCAACCCAGCGAUGACGGCGUACGGCCAGAGUGUCAACAGUCUGUCCACCAUUGAGUAUAUCACACAAGACAUGUCAGUCUCGUGGCCGCAACUGAGCGACGAUAUCCGGCGCCUGGAGUCCAAAGUAGACCUCAUUUUCUCCAACUUUUGCUUUCACUACUUCAACGACAAAAGUCAACUGUUGUCGCAAUGCAAGCGCCUGUUGGCCACCGGGGGUUGCAUUCAUGCCGUAUGCGUUUUACACCACGAUCUGAACCAGAAAUUACCGACCAAUGCCCGUAAAGAGUGGUGUCUAUCGAUUGAUCAGCAAAUGGAUGUCUGGCGCCGGGCUUUGGAUGAAAACGGGUUUGCGAUCGACGUGUUUGAGUGCGUGGACAAGACCUACCCUAUGAAUCGGCAACAAAUAAUAGCUUUUCUGCCGGUAACUAUCGCUACACUUAAGUCCAAGUUUGUGACUAACGAGCAGUUUGUGAGCGAAACCCGAGGUCUCGAGGAUAUCAUGUUUGAUGUGUUGUGUAAUCCAGUGGCCGAUCGGCCCAACCCUAACGCGUGGACACAAUUCUUGGCCAACAAAGAUGUUAAUGAAGUGGUUAUUUGUAGUCAAGUCCUUAGACUUGUUUGCCAUAAGAAUUAGUUGUUUAGAAUAC